CCGGCUUCCGUAGGCAUUCCUUCACUGUCAGUUAGUGUGCGGGUGACAGACAACAGCGGUGAGCCUCCAAAUCUAAGCUCCAAGUGUAAACUAUGGAAGAGAUUAACAACAUUGAAGUGGUUCCGUGCACAGAGUCUGACUAUCUAAAGCCGUUCAGGGUGCACUAUAGCCAGAAUGGUACAAAGAAAUCGUGGGACUUCAUGCGGACCCAUGACAGUGUAUCUGUGCUGAUCUUCAACACCACCUCACACUGUUUUGUCCUCGUCAAACAGUUCCGUCCAGCUGUAUACAUGUGUGAAUGGGAAAAAGCCAAGACGCAGCCACCAAAGUCUGCUGAAAAAACCGAGGAGGGUGCUGCAGAAGCCGCGACGGAGUCUCAGGAGGGCCAGUCAGCCUCAGAAGGGGAGAGCACUUCUCAGUGGCUGCCUGCCUCUGCGGGGGUCACCUAUGAGCUCUGCGCUGGCCUGGUGGACAAACCUAACCUCUCUCUGGAGGAGAUCGCCCGCCAGGAGGUGCUGGAAGAAUGUGGCUACGAUGUGCCAGCUUCCAAGCUGAAGAAGAUUACUUCUUACAGGUCGGGUGUCGGUGUAACCGGUGCCAAGCAGACCAUGUUUUACGCUGAGGUGUCCGAUGACAACUGCGUCAGCCCAGGUGGAGGUGAGCCAAAGGAGGGAGAGCUUAUCGAGGUGGUCAAAGUCCCGCUGCACGAGGCCAUGACGUUUGCCUACGACGAGCGUAUACCCAAAACCAUGGGCGUCAUUUUUAGUUUCAUCUGGUUCCAUAAUAACAUGUCUCCUAAGUACAAGAUCUCCACCAAUGUGUAACUAGUAUUAAAAUAAGCCCUCUUUCUACAAUUUAUUCCAGAUUAAAUCAAACACUGGCCCAGCACACUCACUCCUCCCCUUAAGGCUCUUCAUCCUGUAUUGCCUUUUUGCUUAUUGGUACAUGAUGAAGGGUGGGCCCCUUGUCUUGUUGCCAGCUGGUAUCUUUAAGGUUUGUCCUAUUAGCUUUUUUAAAAAGACAAUUGUUUUAUGUGGUCCUAGUGUUUUUCCUAAAUACAAAUAUGCCAUAGCUGGUUGUCACUGGCACUUUUUCUCUUCUUUUUAUACGUAAAUCAUUCAUUUACUGUGCCAUUUGUUAUCAGUGGCUGCAUAUCACAGAUUUCAUUUGCCUGCCCUUAAUUAAAGGAAUGCUCCACUGUUUUUUUUAAUUUUAUUUUAAUGUAGAUAUUAAAUAUUAUCUACAUGUUAGUGUUUUUAAAAUCAAAAUUUGGUUGAGAAAAAGGCCUUUAAAGUUCUUUAAACUUUUUCUCCAUUGCUAGUUGCUUUAGUAAAGAGAAUUUAAAGCUCCAGUAUAUAUGAUUUUAUAAUACUGUAACAAUAUUGUAUUUUCUAUUAUUAUGUGGAAAUGCCUCAAAACCAGAUUGGAGGCCACUGAAAACCACUGUUCGACUAAAUUAAACCCAGUUUCAAAAUUAUUUGUGGUCAAUGCACUGUAUUUCCGUUUUCACACAUUUUCGCACAUGAUGAGAAGGCUUGCAAGUGAAAAUAUUCCUCUUUCUCACCUCUGCUACAUUAAACACGGCUGUCAGUAUUCAUGAUUAACCUCUAAUGUGCCGCUGGUUACCUUCAGUUUGCCAGCAUUUCCACUGAAAUCUUGAAAGCAUUUUUGCUUUCCUGAAAAAGUCUGACUGUGACAAUGCAAAGCACAUAUACAGUAGCUACUUUUUGCACUGUUUAUAAUGUAAAGAUAGAUAGAUGAGGUUACAAAAAAACAGUGGAGUAUUCCUUUAAUCCAUGAUCCAGUAAUGCAAAAACUAUACUAGUCAAUCAUGGGGCCUUGUAAUGAUUGGGGUAUUCAGGGAUGCCCCAUUUAAGUUCUGAAUCAUAGCCUUCAAGCAAUACUUACCUAAGUACUCCAGGCUGAACAAUCGUAGUAUCAUUGAAAUCAGCCCUUAUCCUUUUCAUCAAAUUCUUCGUGAAGUCAAACCAGUUAACAUUAGCAAACACUUACCUCUGCGCAGAGGGCCUCAGUUUAAUUAACUCAAUUGCGCUGAAGCACGAUCGUGAUUAAAAGCAGCCUAUUUGUAGUUGGAGACACUUAAAUCCACUUCUGGUGACAUCUUCACACUGCCGUGUUACAGGCGUUUUCAAGCCUGUAGCACAUCAGUGGAGUCUCAGACAAACGACAGUUUGUUUCGUUUUUUAUUUUGUAUGUUUGUUUUUUAGAGUUUUGGAGGAACUCAAAUGUAUACUGUUGCGGACAUGAUGUCUUAAGGCAGUAGCCUCUAUUUUUCUGAUUUUUAGAUUGUUUAUUUUUUGCACACAACAUCAAAGUUACAUUAUGAACCCAUAAAUCACAUCAAUAUUAAUUAGAAAAAUGUUCAGAAAAUGUAACCCAUGUGAAAGUCUGAUUUUUAUAAUAAUUCAUUUGCAAAACUCACAUGCUGAAAACCAUUAAUGCACAAACCUGCUCUGUCUCUUAUUGUAUGCUUCUGUACACUACAUGCAAUUCACACUAAGUACCUGCUGUAAACAUAACAUUUAUUAAAAGUUGAUUGGAGAAUGCUUUUCAGUUGUCACUUAUAGGCCUAGAGACUAGUCACCGAACUGUGUAUUCCCUGACCAGUUGGUGAGUGAUUCCUCGAUGUUGUUGCCUUUUUUGUGAUUGCUUUCAUCGCUAGCAAAUUGUUGCAGUCGCCCUUAGUUUUCAUGGAAGACACGGAGAUGAAAACACUAAUUGACCACCAAGAAUCUGAGAAAGAAAAAGUGGACUACAUCCUGGACACUGGGAGUGGUCCCCUUCAAAGUAAAAGUUGUGCCUUACCGUUUACACCAACAUCUUCCAAAAACCACAACUUUUACUCUGAAGACCAAGACUAUCCAUUUGUGUUUACAUUGGACUCUUCACAGUUUCAGUACCACUUUUCGAACAGUUUUCAGGUGUUGGCAAUAUGUUACACACUGUAUACCUCUCUGUAGCCGAUUUCACCUCACAACUAGCAACAGCCUCUAGCAACCACUCGCCUACUGAUUAAGAAAUACCCAUUUUUCCCUAGUGACCAAUUAUUACCAACAAGCCACUGACUGGUCUCUUGUCAGCAGCCUAUAGAAACCUUAACAAUCAAUGGUUGCUGGAGUGACCAGUAGUUGCCAGGCUCCUGCCAACCAGUCUCUUGACUUGUAUGACUGGACCCUUAAUGGUUGAAGUGGAAAGGGAGUAGCCGGUGAACAAUUUUCCACCAGUAGGAGCAGGCUAAAUAGUCGCUGCGCACUAUUUAGCAAAAAGCAACCUGUUUUUUUUAGGCAGUGGAUCUGCAUUCGUAGCUUGGGUUGUUUUAGUGUAGGCAAAACUAGUUUUAGGUCAGUGAUUUGUAACUUGUAAUGCUGCAAGUAUUGCAACAGUUCGAGCUACCUGCUACUAUAGUAGUUCUCUGAGUGAACAGCUUGCCAUGUUCAAGUUGAAAUGACAGUACCCUGUCAAAUGUCACACCCUACACAAGUAGGUACUUGGUUUACUACAUCAAAAUUAAUAUUCAUAAGUAUCAGAAAAUGAGACGCACCUCUGAACUCACAAAGUGAUUCUCAACAGCAGCUUCUUAAAAUCUCAGGUCCAAAUAGUCCAAUCUUUGAUUAUAUUCAGAGUGGAUCUCUGAAUGUGAUGAUGACCAGCAUGUCUGUUACUAUAUUUUCACAUUUCAAAAUCACUUGCAGCUUCACUAACUAGGCAAGAAAGUUAUCACUAAUACUAUAAAAUGUUAGUGUUUUUCUUCACUCAAAAAGGGCUGGUACAUCAUUCAUUAUUUAAUAUGUGAGGAAGAGAACCACCCACCUUGUAGUUUUGUUAACAAAAAGUACAUAUAUAGAUGUACAAAAACCGAAGCAAAGCCAAUACUGUCUUAAAAAAUUCACCUUCAAAGACACAUUUCAUUAUAUUAACAUUAGUACAGUAAUAAUAAUAAGAGAACUACAUUUGAAACAACCAUUAAUAGAGCUGAAAUCCUUAUGGUGCACCUGCAGAAAUGUUUUUUUUAACUUCAGAAAUGCAAUGACUGAGUACAGAUAGUGACAACAAGCUUAAAGUAAUGCAGUGUAAUAUAACAGUAAAUCCUAUAUUAUAUACAGCCACAUUUCUGUACUUAUCUCUGUAGUUUGGGGGGAGAAAAUAAUAUUACUACUAGCAUUACAGACAACAUUGUCCAAAAUCAGCACCUCUCUGAAAGAAGAGCACUUUCAGCUUUAGCAGCCAGGUGCGCAUAUGAAUAAAUACUCUAGGUUAAUAUGAACAAUCAGUCUAGCAUUUUUUUAAAUGCUUUUCAAGCACCAAGAACAGCUGACAAUCAAAAGUUCAACAUUAAUUUUUCUUUAAACCUUAUGCUUCUUAUUCACUUGGUUUAUGUCUAUGUUUGUGAGGCUCUUCUCCUCUACAUACUAAGAAAUCAAGCAGAGAGAAGAGCAUAACUUUUGGGCAUAUCCCUAUAAGUGUGUCAUGGAGCCACCUGAAAUUCCGUCACCCGCGCAGAUUAAAAAAAUCAAAGGUUGUAUUUUAUUCCACACACUGACGCAAACAUUUGGGGAGUAACUUCCACCCAAAUAGCUUAGAAAAAUAUGCAUAAUCCUAAAGCCAUAAAUAUAAUUUGUUGAGCUUCUUUGUCCUUCGUCAACCAUGGAUCGUUCCUCGAUGUGCGAUUGUAGAGUUUGCUCAGACUGCUUGAAACAUUUGCUCAAUAGGUUCAUAUUUUCUCUCUCAAAUGCAUUUACUUUUGUGAGCGUGAUAUCGGGACACUUUGGAAAAAUGUGGAAAGCACCUUUGGAAAACCAUGAGAUUACUUAUUAGUGUUACACAUUGUACCCCUAACAAGACUGCUGUAUGCUGCCUGACCAAGACAAAUUUCAGUAUUUUGCAUUGAUGACAACGUGCACUUGCCGUGGGCUUGUUUCUGUAAGGUUAGGGAAUACCCCAGCAUUUAUUUCCAUCCAGAGUUCUAUUAGGAUUUUCCAAAGGUUUCAUCAUUGAUGAUGGGAGAGUCAGACUGCUGUAUAAAACCUUCUUCAGCAAAGAUUCUCAGUGUGGAUAAAGCGCUCUCCAGUCUGCCGUACCCCUCGAACUUCCCAUUCCCAUUAUUGGGAAAAACCUAGUAAUUCAGCGCCUCACCCAUGCUCGAGGUUUCUUCCUGUUAAAUAAAAUGAGUUUUUCCUUCCAAGUGGCCAAGUGCUUGCCCUCUGUAUUAUUUUAGGCUCUUUACCUUACCUUACCUCAAGCAACUCGAGGCCACCAAUGUUGUGAUUUCGCAAUAUAUAAAUAAAAUGGAAGU